AAUUCAGCGCACAGGAAACAGGGGGCAGCUCGUCUCUGAUUGAAGAACAUAAAAACAUACAAUAACUCCUCCGGUCGUUUCGACAACAUGAGGAAGUUCUUUGAUUCUCGUCGGGAGUUGGUGAGCUCUGGGCCCGGUUCUGGAGGAGGAGGUGGCAGCUCCGGGUCCAGUCAUGCAGGCGGAAAUUUCAUUGGCAGAGCCUUCACUGUCGGGCGGCACCAAGUCACCGUUGAGGAGAUCAUUGCUGAAGGCGGUUUUGCAAUCGUGUUCCUGGUGCGAACAAAUCAAGGGGUGCGUUGUGCCCUGAAGAGGAUGUAUGUCAACAACGAGCACGAUCUGCAGGUGUGCAAAUGCGAGAUUCAGAUAAUGAAAGACCUUGUCGGUCACAAGAAUAUUGUUGGGUAUCUGGACUCCAGUAUUACAGCUAUGGGAUCAAGGGAUGUAUGGGAGGUUCUCAUACUUAUGGACUACUGCAAGGGGGGGCAGGUGGUGAAUUUGAUGAAUCAGAGGCUGCAGACUGGCUUCACCGAGGCGGAGGUGCUGCAGAUCUUCUGUGACACCUGUGAUGCUGUGUCUCGUCUGCACCAGCGCAAGACACCCAUCGUCCACAGAGACCUCAAGGUGGAGAACAUCCUCCUGCAUGACAAGGGUCAUUAUGUGCUGUGUGACUUUGGCAGCGCCACUAACAAAUUCCAGAGUCCACAGACGGAAGGAGUGGCCACCGUGGAGGAAGAGAUCAAAAAAUACACCACCUUAUCAUAUCGAGCCCCUGAGAUGGUGAACCUCUACAAUAACAAGAUUAUAACCACAAAAGCAGAUAUCUGGGCGUUGGGCUGUUUGCUGUACAAGUUGUGCUUCUUCACUCUGCCCUUUGGUGAAAGCCAGGUGGCCAUCUGUGAUGGCAGUUUCACCAUUCCAGAUAACUCCCGCUACUCUUAUGAUCUUCACUGCGUCAUUCGGUACAUGCUGGAGCCGGACCCAGACAAAAGACCAGAUAUCUACCAGGUGUCCUACUUUGCUUUUAAACUGGCUCAGCGGACCUGCCCUGUUCAGAAUGUGAAGAAUUCUCCAAUUCCAUCUAAACUUCCUGAGCCAAUCAAAGCGAGUGAGGCUGCUGCAGCAAAGAAGAGCCAAACUAAGUCCAGACUGACAGAUCCAAUUCCCACCACUGAAACCUCCAUCACCCCUCGCCAGAGGCCCAAAGCAGCACAUACCCAGCCUGCGGCUGGCAUCUUACCAAUCCAGCCUGCUGCUCUCACCCCUCGCAAGCGGGCUAAUCUCCCUGGUGGUGUAGCUCAGCCUGUGGGAGUCAGCUUAGACCUCUCUCAGCCAGCUGCAGCUCUGCAGUCACAGAAGGCACAGACUGCAGUUCUGCCACACAUCCAGUCACAAAACAAUUCAAGUCAGGCUAUGGCUCCACAGAAGCAGCCGGCGCAGCCAGCAGCAGCUACAGGGGCAGAGACUACCACAGCAGCAGCAGCAGUCGUGUCACCAGUGACCAAGACUGACAUUCAACCGCAAGCACAGCCAAUAGUUCAGCAACAGACCACACCUCCCUCCAUGGUCGGCGCCAACUCCCAGCAGGCGCAGGCGCCAUCGAGCCCGGCCCCACCUCAACGUCCAGCUCGACGCAAGCAGGCCGCCCAGGCUCAGCAGCCAGCGGCUCAGCCUUCACCCAACAAACCGGCCCCUGGUCAGCCGCCUGCAUCUCUUCAGCAGCAGAUAACUCAGCCAGCAGCUGCCCAGGCUCAGCCCGCCUCCACCGAGAUCAGCCAAAGAGCAGCUGAAACGACUCCACCUGCUUCUCCAAAGACAACUGAAGAACGGGGCCACCAGCGCAUACCAAGUGAUGCCACAGCUAGCACCAUUUCUAGCGUCCCAGUGAGUGACUCCUCACAGCAGCCACAAGGAGCUAAUGGAGGCACUGCCUUCAACCAAUCACUUACAUCUCAACCAAGCUCCACCCAACCUGUUCAGCUCGGUGUUGGUGAUGCAGGACAGGACCAAAGCAAAGCUGGAAGCACUGCUCCUGCCACUGGCGGUGACACCAGCACCCCCACACAGUCUAUGUGGAACCCAUUUGAAGAUGACAACUUCUCCAACCUCACUGCAGAUGAAUUCAAAACUGAGGACAAAAAGCCUGCUGACCUACCUAUAGAAAUUGAGUCAACAUCUGACUCGGGAGUUGAGGAGUUGAUACCAGGCCUGCAGGCCUCAACUGUGGAUAAUACACCCCAAGAAACUGUUGAACAACCAUCAGCCAGUCUUGAUUCAGGAGCUUCGCUGUUGAUCGUCCCAGAUCCUUUUCAUACCCUCGAACUCUCAGACACACCAGCGAAGCUGAUUGAAGGACUCAAAUCUCCAGACACGUCUUCACUCAUGCUUCCCGACCUCUUGUCAUUGUCUGAUCCCUUCGGUGGCUCUGUGGAAGAGUCUGCAAAAGACCCUCUCACUGCAGACGACUCUCUCCUGGGCUGCUCUCUGAUCUCUGGUCCGUCCGCCCCGCCGGCAGCAAGCAGCGCCACCUCCUCUGUCUCUUCUGCUCCCACAUCCGCUGCCUCUGCUUUGGAUGAUUUCAGCCUGUUGUCUGGAGAAUCUGCACAGCCUAAAGCAGCAGACUCAUCUCUUCUGAUCUCAGACUUUGAGCCCCAGCAAGCCACUGCAGAGGCCGGCACAGAGGACGAGUUUGAUCCUAUUCCCGUCACAGGCCGAAAGAACUCCCAGGACCUGCAGAGGGAGCUCAAUGUGCUGCAAGCUGUUAGGAAUGUGGCUUCUGUGCAGUUGACUGAGGAGAAUCAGAGGCAGAGGAUUCAGCAGAGGACUGCCGCAUGUGUUUAUGAUAAAAACAUGUCGCCAUCUGAUGAAAGAAGCAUACAAUACACUACAACAGCAGCUACUUCCACCAGCCUGCAGUCUAUACAUGCUGACCAAGUGGCCCAGCCCCGGCCCCCGAACAGCCCAGCCAGUGAUGUCUUCCAGCUGGCCCCUUUUAAAACGCCAGGAAAAGAAAGCAAGAUGGCAUUCAGCAGCGCCUCCUUCUCUGUGUCUCAUAAACCUGCUGAGGCAUCCGAUGUUUUCCUCCAGGCACCGUUUGGAAGGCGGCAUGAAACCACCAGAGCUGUUCCUAGUAACACUCACAUAUUAAAGUCUGGUACACAGCACAUUCAACCCAUCAAACAGUGUCACCUGGUCCCAGUAUCAUCCCCUCCUGCUCCUCAGUCUCUUGGUAUUCAGGCCCCUCGUGUGCACAUGGAGACUCCUCUGCUCCAGCAGCCGGUGGCGGUGCACCGGGUCGUCUCCAGGAUCGGUCAGCAGGCCGCCGUAGGUUCGGUGGCUGUGGGGCCUCUGCAUGCCUGGACCAUUGGGGGAAGAGCUCUGGAUGACCCGUUUACCGCCGCACCCUUUCAGCCAAGAUGCUCUCAGGGGAAACCUUGAUUUUAUAAUCUCCUUUUAAAAUAUGCCAAGUCAAGAAUUUUUUUUUUUCUGUAACUUAAGAAGGAGCCAAAGUGCAGUUCGGUCGAAGUAUUACCCAAUUUUAUAAUGUCGUUAUACUCUCAUUAUUACUGCAGUAUUAAAAUGAGUAAAUUAUCCUUUUACCAUUAAUGUACUUGUUUAAACUCAAAGUUCUACCUCAGUCAUGUGAGUGCAUCAUCAGCACUUUACAAACAGUCUGAUCUUGGACUGAGAAGUUAAGGUGAACUUGAAGGAUCGGUCCUGAACCUAAAACUCAGUUUAGCAUCAAAAAGGGUUUAAUUAAAGGCCUAAUCUGUACUUUUUUUUACUAUGUAGAUAAGUUUUAUUCAAAUAAUGAAUAAAAAGUAGUUAUUGUGUAUCUCCGUUAUCAUAAUUAAAAAUUAGGGUCUGUUUUACUCAGACCUUUACAAACAUUACUGUUGUAGGCACUUUUUUUUUAACAAAAUCAGAAAACAUUAAUAGCUUAGAGGUAAAGUUUUUAGUUUUAGUUUUCUAAUUCUGUUUUAAAUCUUUCUGGUUGUUAACAUUUAGAUUACGGAUUGUGCCUUUAAUAUCAGUGGUGUCAUUGCAGGCCUCUGGUGAAUAUUCAGCAUCGGUGCUGCAAGGGAUACCAAUAUUCAGCUGCAAGCCAAAGAUAUAAUUGGAAGAGAAAUAUAAUGGUGUGAAACAGUUUUCACACAGACAAAAAUAUUAUAAAUAAAUAUUAUUAUAUAAUAAAUAUUUUCAGAAAAGACAGGCAAGUUGCACAAAAUCCCAAAUGGCUGGUCACUAGAGAGCAUUAUACUGGAACCAGUAUAAUGUUAAGAUUUGCAAGGGUUUAAAUGUCCUUAUUUUAAGCCUAAUUUACCUGCUUUACAGCUUAAUAAUUGUAUGUUGCUGCUGCCGUUUUCCCACAAACUGCACCAGUGUUACAUUUUGUUGUUUUUUGACUGAUGUUUGUUUUUGGUCUUUUAAUGAUACAUAUCAUGUCUGUGGUUCUGAUUCACUGAAGUCUUGCAACAUAACUCUCAAGAGUUGCUAAAGACCACAAAAGAACCAUCAUCUCUACCGAGCUUAAUUCCUAAGUAAGUUUCUCUUAAAGUGAAUUUUGAAAAUGCUUCUAAUGUUGCUUUAUACUUUGGCAUAGAUGAGGUCUUUUUUGUAAACCAUGCUGCCUUUGCUAACAGUAUUUGUAUAUUUCUAUAUUAUCUGGCUAUUAUUAUUGGACAUUAGGAAAGGUGACAAGUGAACUUUAAACUGCAUUUUAUUAAAGGGUUGGAAACAUAA